CCGUUAAUAUUUUUCGGCGUAGAGCCCUGUUUUAUAAUUUGGACAAUUUAUUCCACAAAUAGUAUUUAUUAUAAUUAUCAAUUAAAGUUGUUAAAAUAAAAUAGUAAAAUUAUCAAACAAUGUCAGUUGUACAGCAAAUGAAACCAUUAGUUUGGAAUACCCUAGCAAAAUGGCACAAAAUUAACAAUAUUCGUUUAUUUUCGAAUGCUUCUAUUGAACGCAGAAAUGAACUAUUUACCAAAGAACAGAACAGACAACGGGAGUUAGUGGGGCGUAUUGAAAAAAUUGAAGUACGUUAUUUGGGACUCCCAGAAGAUGUCACCCUUAUUAUGAAUCGUGAUUUGUCCACACCAUACAAUUGUGCCCAGCAUCUAUCCGAGGGCCACUGUAAACGUUCUGCUCUUGCUCUAAUAGAUGGCAACGUGCCCUGGGACAUGCACAGACCAUUGCCUGAUAAUUGCACUUUACAACUGUUAAACUUUACUGUUGCCGAUCCACAUGUGGUAAAUAAAGCGUUUUGGCGUACCUGCAGUUUUAUGUUGGGAGCUGCUUUACAAAAUGCUUUCAAGGAGGAAGCUCGUUUACAACUGCAUAGUUUUCCUGGGCCAAACAUAAAAUCUGGUAGUUUUGUUCAUGAUAUUGUAUUGGGCUCUAAGACAUGGCAAGCUUCUAACGGAGAACUGCGUGCCUUAUCAGCAGAAAUGAUAAAAUUAGCUGCUAAAGAUCUUAAACUAGAACGUCUAGAGGUAAACAAUGAAUUGGCUUUGGAAAUGUUUAAAGAUUCGCGUUAUAAAAGUGAACAACUUCCAAGUAUUUCACAACAAAAUCAUGGUCGUGUUGUUCUAUAUCGCAUGGGAAAACAUAUUGAUAUUUCAAGAGGUCCAAUGGUUGCCUCUUCACGUUUUCUGGGCAAAUGUACAGUGACUGCUGCCCAUAAACUUGCCGAUGAAGGAGCUAACGAUGUAUUAUACAGAAUACAAGGUGUUGCUUUACCCGUUGGAUUUGUUUUGAAUCACGUUGCCUACGGAUCACUUGAAGAUCGUGCUAGAAAAUUGAAUCCUGCUCGUCAGCCAAAUGAACCAUUCGAAGAAAUGCAUACGCAAAUGGCUUAAUUUGUUCUCUAAUGAAAUAAGUCUUAAUAUUUUUAAUUUGUAUAAUUUGUAUUAUGUUAUAUACGACUGUACAUUUACUUAUUUAGGUAAACAAUUGUUAUUUGAAAUAAAAAAUCAAAAAUAAAGACA